AUGUCGGCUCUGCCAUUCAGGCGGCUGGACCGGCGCAGCCCUGCCCUGGGGCUCGGCUUCUGGGCCAACGGACGUCCCCGGGAGGGCACCCGCCCCAGCUACCUCCGCUUGUCCGCGCUGGGACACAGUGGCGGUCACUUCAUCACGGACACGCGGACUCAACACGUGGUCCCCGUGCAGAGUCGCUGGGUCAGAGCACACCUCCUGAGCGGGGACCGCAUGCCCAUCGCGGACCCGGGAGAAGAUAUGCUGAGGCCACUCGGAGCCUUUGGAACCCAGGCUCCGAGUCUGCUGGCUUCAGGCUCCAGAGAGGCACUGCAGCGGAAAGUCCUGAGCUCGCCACCGGGUAUUAGUUUUGGCCAGUGUAAAACAUUCACAAUAAAAACAAAAAACCCAGGACAGCCGGGCCCUCCCACGUCUCCCUCUCCCCGCGGCUCGCCCCGCACGUGGCUCUGCGGUUCCAGCGUCGGUCCUGAGCUUGUGACCGGCUCCCCUGCCCGUGCAGAGGGCGGCUUCUGGGGACGCCGCUUGUCCGGAGCCUGCGGCCGCUGCAAAAACCCACGAGAGGCGGGUAGAGCGGCCCUGCGGGUGGUGGGGACAGACUCGCGCGCCAAGAAGCUGUCACUUGCCGCCCGGCGCGCGCCCGCUAGGCUGCCGAGCAACCGCCAGCCAAUCGCCGCCGGGCCCCAGCCGUUUUACGGCAGCGGCCCUCCCCCUUCCCCCUGCGCACCGCCUCCGAGGGGCGGGGCGGAGGUGUGCAGCGAGCGCCAGCCAAUCGGCGCCGCCGUCUCGCGCUCAGCGCCCUCCCGUAGGCCAAGAGCCGGGCGGCGGCCGUAA